GAUAAAGUUGCUUCAUCACAACAUCUACGAAUAAUUUAUGAUAAUGUCAUUUGUAUGAUAUGAUUGGUUAUAUUUCUGAUUCUCUAUUAUUCUUGGAACCAGUCUGUGUUGUGGUAUAUAUCUGAACUCUUACAAAAGAAGACACCAGAUCCUUGGGUUCUUUAGUCUUACAAUGUUCUCCGUAGUGUUUGGACUGUUAUUGAUAGUUGCGGUCAAAUGUCAGGAUGUCGAUGACCCAGACUACUACACGGCUGCUGUACAUGAACACGUAAGGAAAGGUAAUUACAAAACAGAUACGACUGAGGAAUUCAUUGAAAAAAAUUUGGCCGCUUAUGAAAGAGCUGCAACGACAGCUGGUCAACACAAUGUUGACUUACUAGUUUUUCCUGAAUUUGGACUCUUUCCACCAACGGAAAGAGAAGUUAUAAUUGACGAUGCCCAAUACGUUCCCGAUCCGAAAAUUGAACAAUGGAAUCCUUGUUUGGAACCCGACAGGUACAACAAUUCAUAUAUUUUAGCCAAUUUAAGCUGCAUAGCUAAGCAAAAUAACUUGGUUAUUUUGGCUAAUAUUCUGUCGAAAGUUCCUUGCGACAAUUCUACUGAUUGCCCGGAUGAUAAAUUCUACGUUUAUAACACCAAUGUAGCCUUCAAUAGAAGUGGACUAUUAAUAGCACGAUAUAGGAAAACUCAUUUAUAUUUCGAAGAUGGCCUUAACGUCCUUCCAAAACCGGAAUUUAUUGUAUUUUCUACUGAUUUUGCCUUAAUCGGUACUUUUGUUUGCUUCGAUAUUGUAUGGAAAGAAUCAGUUCAAAUGGUUGAAAAAUAUAAACCUGAUGCUGUUAUAUUUUCAACUCUAUGGUUCGAUUUCAAGGAACUAGGAAUGAAUGCUGUUCAAGUGCAACAAUCUUGGGGAAUCGCAAAUAACGUCACCAUUAUAGCAGCUAAUAGGCAACGUCCAGAUUAUGGAUCUUUAGGAAGCGGAAUGUUUUUUGGAGAUACUGGAAUCGGCAAUUACGUUUAUAUCGCAGAUGGUCAAUCCAGACUACUGAUCUCUAAAGUUCCAAAAAGAGGCGUUACACCACCUCAAGAAUUUCCGCCUCCAAUUAUUAUUGAAUUUGGUGAUUUUGCAAUAGGAAAAUCUGAUAAUAAUAUAUCUUCUGGAGUAUGUUCUAGGAAAAUACUAGGAUCCCCAUCAAACUACAAGGAUUUCAGAUGCCAGGAUUAUGACCUCAGUAACUUUACGUUAGUUAAAGUGAAUGCGGAAAAUCACGUGGAAGCUUGUAAUAAUGGACUUUGCUGUAGCGCUAGUUAUAAAGUACAGUUAUCGGACGAAGACUAUUAUCUGGCAGUUUUCAAUGGAACUUAUACAGCUUUCGAAAGAUAUACAUGGUGGAUAGAAGCUUGUUUUUUUGUGCGCUGCGAUUCCUAUAAAGGGAAGGCGUGUUCCACCUUUCCUACAAAAGCUAGCACUGUCUUUGAAGAGCUUAAAAUCGAAGCUAAUUUCACCACUCCAUAUGUCUAUCCCAGUAUUUCUAUUAGCGGCCUACAACUAGCUCCGAAAAAGAAUUGGGUUUACAAGAACCAUAAAUUACAUUUCAAAACAGAAUCUGACAGCCUCUUACUUGCUACUUUAUUCGGAAGAUCUUACGAUAGAGAUCCGGAGUAAUUUUUCCAGCUUUAUUAUUUCUUAUUUUUAUAUAAUAUAUGAAUAUUUUUAUACUUUGAGAAAAAGAGGAUGAUAGAGCUUGUUACGGACUUAGGAGUGGUUCGAGCGCAAUUGUUUUAAAAUUGCUAUUUUCAAAGAAAUUUUUUAAAAUAUCGAAUUAAAACAGCAAAAGAUGUACGUAUUAGAAGGCCAAACUAGUAUUGCAUCAACGUCUCGUUAUAGUCUGCCUACAAAUGAUAAGAUGCACAAGAAAUGACAAAUUAUUUUAGGAAUUGGUUUAAAUAUAAAAAUAUAAUCGCAUUUAACAUUUUACAGACGAUUGAUUUUUUGUCCCGUACUAAGAUUAAUCUUAGACGAAAAUUUUGUGACAUUUGCUAUGGUAAAAUGUUUAAAAUUAUACUCAUUAGACGUAAGGUUUUUGUAUCAAAGUUUUAAGCAAGUACAGUAUUUCAUAAGUACAAGAUAGCUUGAAAAGUUUCCAGAAUUAUGCUGGGUUAGUCAAUUAAAGGCAAUAAAAAAGGGAGCAUGCAAUGCAUGUCUUAGUUAAACAUGCCAGGAAUAGAGAAAUGUGUUGAAACAAAUCCGUACUCGCUGCAAAGAUGACAACAGUUACUGUUCACUGAUGGUCGUGUUAGUGAAACGACGUGGACAGAGUGUCGCGGAAAUGUCUGUGAAAGAUCUAUGUGCAAAUAUCAAAUUUAUGUGUUAUAGAGAAAACCCUCUGAGACCUUGAAGAUACUUCAGUAUGCCUACGUUGAAUCUGCCACGAAGCAUUCUCAAGUUUAUGACUGGCAAAAACGCUUUCGUGAGGGACGAGAACGUAUUGCUGAUGACUUGUGAAGUGGUCGUCCGUCGACGUCAAUGUCAGAGGAGAAAGUGUUGAUGUACUCGAGAUUGUGAGGUCAGACAGAUAGCAGUCAAUUGAGCAGAUCGCUAAGAGAGCGGGAAAUUCGGUUGGAAGUUGCUAUUCCAUCCUGCAUGAUCUCGCAAGAUGGAAUUGAACAUGCACCGACCGUGUUUACCCACACAUAGUGUCACGAAUGCUCACGGCGAAUCUAAUGCGAUUUCUUCCUCUUCUCCCAGUUGAAAGAUGCCAUCAAGGGACGCCACUUCAAGAAUGCGGAUGAGGUUAUACAGAGUGCGACAUCUGCGUUGCAGGGCUGUCGCGAGACGACUUCCAAGAAUGUUUUUCAGCUAUAUCAGCAUUGGCAAAAGUGUGUGGUUACCAAUGUGGUUACUUUAAAAGACACGUUGCUUGAUUUCUCAAUUGCACACAUACUUUUGAGUAAAAAUAAAUUCCGGAAACUUUUUGAAGCUACCUUGUAAAUAUAUAUUAUUCAAUUAUUUGUAUACUGUAUUAUAAGUUAUAAGAAUUUCUGGACAAUAUAAAAAU